CCUGCGCGCGAGUAAGGGAAAGCCGCGAGCGCAUGUCCGUGUGUGCGUGUGUUCUCGCGAUAUUUGAUGAAACAGGAGCAGGUAUAGAGGGAGUUGGGGGAGGAAAAGGAAACACUCCCCCUCUCUCCUCCUGCGCGCGGUACCAGAGAGAGAGGAACCUUCGGCCGGCAACACAACGACAACGACGACUUUUUCUCGUCGCAUAUUCUCGCGAGAGUUGGCGCCUCACCUUCCUCUCCCCCCAAAACCAGCUUGGAAAGCGGCGGCGUGAAGUAAGAUGGGGGUCCCGGCGCUGAGGCCCCGCUAGAGGAAGAGGGGCCAAGGGGCCUCCCUCAGAGGGGAACUCGAGGCCGAGGAGGAACUUCGAAGGAGGGCUGAGGAAGCUGGCUCAGCCCAGCCUCUGCCUCUCUCCCUCUCCCUGUUUGGGGGUCCAUUUCAGACCCUUAGCUUUGAAUAGGAGCCUCUUGAAAAGCCAGGCCCCUCAACCUCAGAUACUUUAAGCCCUAGACUUAAAAGACCUAUAGUUUGGGAGAGCCUUCCUUCAAAGAAGUGAAAGUGAGCAAGGGGCCACUUUCUAUAACCCCCUCCCUUCCUUUUUUGGAAGCUUCUUGGGGCAUUAAAGCAUUUGGAAAUCAAAGGUUUCCUUUGCAUCUCCAGCCAAGGAAAGGGGUGGGUGCUUAGUGUAAUUGCCCACCCCUUCCGUCCCUGUGCUUGAUACCUGGGAACAUUGUAGUGAAUAAGUGGUUUAUCCUCCUUUAAAAAAGGAAAAGGGUCCCAUUGAAAGUUUGAGGUCUGUGUCUUAGUUUGGAGGGCAUUGGUAUACAAGCGCCCUGUUAUUUUGUAAGGCAGCUGCAUGCAGGAGAGAGAAAAGCGGCUUGGAUGUAGGGGAAAAUCAAGUGAAGGGAGAACAACCCUUCCUGUUCUGGAAGGAAGGGGUGCCUUGAGGAUCAGGGUUAGUGGGGUUUUGGAGGAUCCCCCCCUCUUUUCAAGCACAGUGGAGGAGGAAUGCCAAACCCAGAGAGACAUGGGGGCAAGAAGGAUUUGGGAGGAGGAGGAGGAGGAGGAGGAGGAGGGGGUCCCUUGUAUCAAGAGACAGCAGCAGCUUCCAGCAGCGGGAGCUCAAACAGCAAAGAGAGGCACAGGCUUGCCAAGCACAAGAGACACAAGUCCAGGCAUUCCAAAGAUGUACUCUUGGGGUCCCAAGAAGUGGGAGCGCCGCUGGGGAGCAUGAUCAAGCCAUUGGUGGAGUACGACGACAUUAGCUCCGACUCGGACACCUUUUCCGACGAGACGGUCCUCAAGCCGGAACGCAGGGAGAACGAGGAAAAGAAAGGGAUGUCGGAGAGGAGCGACCGGCUACACAGGCACCGUCACCAUCAGCACAAACGUUUGCGGGAGUUAAUGAAGAGCAAGCUGGCGGAGAAGGAGAAGAGGCCGGACAGGAACCAAGAGUCCUCAAGCAAGCCGAGCUCCACAAAGGAGAGGGCAUCAGGGGCCUCCAAAAGGCUUCACGAGGAGAACGAUGACCAUCCCUCUAAGUCGUUCAAGAGCAGCAGCAGCAGCAGCAAGGACUCCCGGUCGGCCAAAUUGCAUAAAGAAAAGUCCAGGAAAGAGCGGGAGGCAAAGUCUGGCCACAAGGACCGCAGCAAAAGUCACCGUAAAAGGGAUGCCCCCAAAAGCUACAAAUCACUGGACAGUCCAAAGCGGAAGUCCAGGAGUCCCCACCGGAAAUGGUCAGACAGUCCCAAACAAGACGACAGCCCCUCAGGAGCAUCUUACACGCAGGACUACGAUAUCAGCCCUCCACGCUCGCAUACGUCUAGUAAUUAUGAUUCCUACAAGAAAAGCCCUGGUGGGUCCUCGCGAAGACCGUCAGUCAGCCCACCACACAAAGAACCUGCUGCGUACCAGUCCAACAUGCGUUCUCCCAGCCCUUAUGGCAGGAGGCAACGGUCAGUCAGUCCAUAUGGUAGGAGGCGUUCAUCCAGCUAUGAGAGAGGAAGUGGAUCGUACAGUGGAAGGUCUCCCAGCCCGUUCAACCGAAGGCGAUCCAGCAGUCCUUUUGUGUCCAAACGGUCAUUGAGCCGGAGUCCUGUAUCCAGGAAGCCAGUGAAGUCUCGAAGCAGAAGUCCUGCUUAUUCGAGGCAUUCGUCAUCUCAUAACAAAAAGCAGAGAUCUGGGUCCCGCAGUCGCCAUUCCAGUAUCUCACCUGCUCGGCUGCCUUUGAACUCCAGCCUUGGAGCUGAGUUGAGUAGAAAGAAAAAGGAGAGGGCAGCGGCGGCGGCAGCAGCUGCAGCAAAAGUUGAUGGGAAGGAGACGAAGGACUCACCAAGCAUGCUGUUUAGGAAAGAAAACAGUUUGGCAGAAAUUAAAGAGCCGGUGGUGGAGGCAAAGAAGGCAAAAAACAUUAAGCCUGAGAAGUGCCCUUUUGAUGCUGAGAUGACAAAUGUCCUACAGCACAAUGCAGAGACAAAAACAAUGCCUGAGCCCAUAAAAACAAAGGUUGUAGAGAACUCUGAGAAGAAACUGCCUGCUGCAGUUAAAGACUCAAAAUCAAUGGGAACAAAAGAUACGAAACUUGUAGCAAAGGAGGAGAUUGUGACUCUAAAAGAAACAGAGACAGCUGAGCAAGAGACCCCACCUCCUUUGCUUUCUGUUAAGCCACUACCUCCUUUGCCAGCAUCAUCACCCCCGCCUCAGGCUCCUCCUCCAUUGCCCCCUUUACCUCCAUCGCCAGUUGUUUCCCCUCCAUUGCCUCUCCAGUCAUCCACCAUUCACACCCCUGCUUCUAUUCCAUCCUCUCUGCCUUCAUCAGCCCACUCCAGGACAUCUCUGACUACUCAGGCUAACUCUCAAUCUGCUGUGCAAUCCUCCUUAAAGGCACAUGUAUCUGUGACAAGUGCUGCCCUGCAUCUGAAGACAUCAACGUUGCCUCCACUUCCUUUCCCACCUAUUCUGCCUGGGGAAGAUGACUUGGAUAGUCCAAAAGAGGUUAUUCCUCCCAAACCAUUGAAGAAAGAGAAAGAACAGAGACCACGCCACUUGCUCACAGACCUUCCACUCCCUCCAGAGCUUCCUGGUGGAGACCCUUCACCUCCAGAGUCUCCAGAACCAAAGGCAGCCACACCAUCUCAGCAACCAUCAAGAAAGAGACCAAAAAUCUGUUGUCCUCGUUAUGGUGAGAGGAGGCAAACAGAAAGUGACUGGGGAAAGCGCUGUGUGGACAAAUUUGAUAUCAUUGGUAUUAUCGGGGAAGGGACAUAUGGGCAAGUGUACAAAGCAAAGGACAAAGACACAGGUGAAUUGGUGGCUUUGAAAAAAGUGCGUCUGGACAAUGAAAAGGAAGGCUUCCCCAUCACAGCAAUCCGUGAAAUCAAGAUCCUCCGACAGUUAAUACACCGAAGUGUUGUCAACAUGAAGGAAAUUGUCACAGACAAACAAGAUGCAUUGGAUUUCAAGAAGGACAAAGGUGCCUUUUACCUUGUAUUUGAAUAUAUGGACCAUGACCUCAUGGGACUGCUUGAAUCUGGUUUGGUGCAUUUCUCAGAGGACCACAUUAAGUCUUUCAUGAAGCAGUUGAUGGAGGGACUGGACUACUGUCACAAAAAAAACUUUCUCCAUCGAGACAUUAAGUGCUCCAAUAUAUUAUUGAACAACAGUGGGCAGAUCAAGCUGGCAGAUUUUGGACUAGCCCGGCUCUACAGUUCAGAAGAAAGCCGUCCAUACACCAAUAAAGUAAUUACAUUGUGGUAUCGACCACCUGAGUUACUGCUAGGAGAGGAGCGUUAUACGCCAGCCAUUGAUGUCUGGAGCUGUGGCUGUAUCCUUGGGGAACUAUUUACAAAGAAGCCUAUUUUUCAAGCGAAUCUUGAGUUGUCACAGCUUGAAUUAAUCAGUCGUCUUUGUGGGAGUCCCUGUCCAGCAGUGUGGCCAGAUGUCAUCAAAUUACCCUACUUCAACACCAUGAAACCGAAGAAGCAAUACCGAAGGCGCGUACGAGAGGAAUUUGCUUUCAUUCCUGCUGCUGCACUUGACCUGCUAGACCACAUGUUGACACUGGACCCCAGUAAAAGAUGCACAGCAGAGCAAGCCUUGCAGAGUGACUUCCUGAAAGAUGUGGAUGUCAGCAAGAUGGAUCCUCCAGACCUUCCUCACUGGCAAGACUGCCAUGAAUUAUGGAGCAAGAAACGGCGGCGGCAGAGGCAGAGUGGGAUUGCUGUGGAGGAACCUCCCUUGGCCAAAGUUUCCAGGAAGGAGUCAGCCUCUGUAACAAGUACAGAUCCUGUCAAGAAUCACAGCAGUCCAGCGCAGCCACAGCCAGCCCAGAUCAAAACACAACCUGAUGCUGGAGACUCAUUCGGCCUUGGUGACAUCACUCAGCAGCUAAAUCAGAGCGAGCUGGCUGUCUUGUUGAACUUGUUGCAGAGCCAAACAGAUCUCAGCAUCCCACAGAUGGCCCAGUUGCUCAACAUCCACUCAAACCCUGAGAUGCAGCAACAGUUGGAGGCCCUCAAUCAGUCCAUCACUGCACUCAAUGAAGCCACCACCACACAACCACCACAGGAGCCCCAGAAAGUUGCUGAAGAAGAAGCAGCUGCUGAGGAGCCCCCGCCGCCGCCGCCCCCCCAACUGUCGGAGGAGCAAGCCACUCCAGAAGCAGCUAGCACUCAGGGAGACAUGCAGAGUGUCCUGGCAGUUUUGCUCAGCCAGCUCCUUAAGACCCAGGAUCCUUCAGCAAACGAGAAGGAGAACAACAGCGAGAAGAGCAGUGAACUGCGGGGGCUACAGAAAACCCCUACUUUGCCUCAGGACGAACCAGCAGCCUGUCCUCACAUUCUCCCACCAGAGAAGAGACCCCCUGAGCCUCCUGGACCACCACCGCUGCCGCCGCUGCCCAGUCUGGCUGAGGAAAACAUCUCCGACGCAUCUCAGGAGUUGAACCCAGCUGUGACAGCUGCCCUCCUCCAGCUUUUAUCCCAGCAAGAGGCAGGGCCCCCGAGUCACCCAAAGCACGAACCCCAAAUUGGGAGGCCUUCCUUGGAUUACACCAGGUCACAAACCUCCUCCAGGACUUAUGCCACUGAUGGCCCUGAGGGCUGCAGCUUUGAUGUUGAUGAACGGAAUUCCAGCCAGCCCUUAACAGAGACAUCGCCCCAGACCUUGGGGAAAAGUAGGACCUUUCUGGGCUCCGCAAGUCAUCUCGGGGAGUCAAGCAGCUACCAGGGUGCAGGAUCAGUUCAGUUCCCAGGGGACCAGGACCUACGUUUCACCCGAGUCCCUUUGGGGAUACAUUCUGCUCUUGGGCAGUCCUUCAUGAAAACCGAGGGAAGCAACAACACACUGGUACACUCAGAGGCCAAAAUUCACGACUACAGUGAGGUGGGAGUGGCAAAUGCUAGUUCUAGUGACACAGGAACAAGCCACACGUGGGGGAACCCGGUCCAAUCCACAGCUUAUGGAAAAGCCUUUCGUGGGCAGAGUAGAGUGCCUCCGAGAGGAGGAAGAGGAAGAGGGAUCCCUUACUAAAAUGACUGGAAAGGGGGGAAUUGAUGCUUUUUUGGUGGUGUUUUAUCCUCCUAUUCCCCUCUUGACUUUAGAGCAGCCAGUUUAUCGGGGCAAACCAUUGCCCAUUUCCGCCCAUCACAGAAAAUGGUUUAUUGUUGGUAUUUUCCCCCUUUCUGCUCGUCAGACUGCUGCUGUCUCCCUUCCCCCCCAGUGGCUUUAGAAUGAAGACCCUUAGCCUUUCUCUUGACACCUUUCCUUGCCCAAAGAUCUGCUGAUUUGGGUUUCAUAUGGCAAGUUUUCCUACUCAGAGAUUGGAGGGAGGGGGAGAAGGGGAAAGGAAGAAUACUUUAAAAAUAUAAUAAAUUGGAAAUAUGGAUUGAAUGUGUUUGCAAGCCUUGAGCCAUUAUUUCUGAGAUGAGCUCACUGAAGAGCUAGAUAAAGUAAAUCAGUGCCCUGGUCUGUAUGAGCAGCAGAAUGAGAGACGCGAAUGAGGUUUACUGCUUCAGAUUGUGUGAACCACAGGAAAAGUUCACCUUCCUCUAGAUGGAAAACAGUAUGGUAGGGAGAUUCUAGCCCCACCCUUUGCACUGCUAGCUUCCUGCUUGCAAGCAAAGUUGUGUAGUUAUGAAAGGUGGAAGUAUUCAAAAGUGGCAAUUUCACUAACUGGUCUGCAGUAGCACAAACUAUUCUGUCACUACUUUCUGCAGAAUAUGAUCCGGGUCCAGCCUCAGUAUUACAAAGGUGGUGUGUGUGUUGUUUUCCCUUGCCUCCUUGAAUUUCAAGAUUUGUCAGACAGUGCCUACAUAUCUUUUUGUAUUGAAUAAGGAGAACUUGGUUUGUGUUAUGUGAGAGAUGGGAAUCUAUUUCCACCCUCUUCCUUAGCCACAUUGACAAGACUCUACAUUCUUCUUCCAUGGGCAAGCUGUUUACUGUUUUACUGUGAAAGGGCCUGUCCUGACAUACUCAUUUUCCAACCCUUAACUGAAUUGAGUUUCCAUUAUAUCCAUGAGUUGGUUGGCUUUUGGAUGAAUUUAGGUUUUUUUACUUUUAUUUUCUCUCUUAAGAAUGGCGAGUGUCCUUUUGUUGAAGUUCUAAAAGCCAAAGUAAAUGGCAAAUAAUAAUAAUAAAAUAAAAACCAAAAACUUUGUAAUCCUUAAAUUCUUGGGGGUGGAGGGUAAUUCAAGAGUGAAGCUGGUCAAAUCUGAACAAUUUAGAUGUAACAUUUUCAAGCUUUCAGUGACUUAAAGGCCUAUUGUGUGAUUUUACUGUUUUCAGUGUUAAGAAACUCUCUUCAGCUUUCUUCACUGACCCUGCAAUGGAGACAUUUAUAUUUAUUUUCACAAAAUGCUUUUGCAGCUCCAGCCACACUGGUUAAUUUUGCAAUCUUUUUGGGGGGGGGGGUAAAAUGUUGGUCUUUCCUUGAGAGAGAGUGCAAGCCUUUUAGAGGCUGCAUUUUGUAGAUGCUGAAAUGUGAAGAUUUGAUAAGAUGACUAUAAUUUUUCAAUAGAACACCCAUUCUUGUUUUAAACUGCCAGUGUUCAGAGAAGCAUGUCAGAAUGUGUGAGAUUAGAGGGAGUUACAAUUUUUUAAUAUGUUGCUUUCAUAUGUAUACACAUAUGAUGUCUCUAGUGGUGGGGAAGGUAGUGCAUUCAUACUGAAGACAGGAGGAAGCAUAUGCCUUAAACUGACUUUCCCUAAUCUAAUCCCCUAUAAAUGUGGUGGACUGAAACUACAUUGCAGAGUUGCCUGGGGCAUCCUGAGCAUUGCAGUCCAACAUAGAGCUGGAGGGCAUCUGUUUCAGAAGGCUGCAUUAAAAUAUAAGGAUAGGAGAUUGGUAUCAUACAAAGCAUUUGAAACAGCAUUUAGAAGAAGCUGUAUGUAGGUGGGGACAUGGCCCUUUGUAUUUUUUUUUAAUGUGUCUUAUCAGUUCUACAAAGUGUAGUAAGUUCGCAAAAUUCCAAGUGUAUACUUAAAGUGGAUUUUUAAAACUUAGUUGGCAUUUCAUACCUACUGUAACAUGCUAAAAAAGUACUGUAUAUGCAGAGAGGUAAAUAAAAAGGAGAGAUUUUUCCUAGGCAUUUAUUUAAAUAUUACUUCUCUUUUUCU